ACGUUAACCGAUUUAGAUGAAAUUUGGUACGUAGUCCCGGGUUAGACCAUAGGAUAGUUUUUAUCACUGAGAUUAUUAUCAGACAGAGUCGCGGCCAGGAGCUUGAAUUUUAUAAAAGAUACUUAGAUUUUCUUAGAAUUAAUUUGAGUACGGUUUCGUACCCGGUAAAAGUCAAACAUUAUCAAUGACAUAACAAUGUCAAAUCGCUUUUUCGCUUUAAAGAACUGUAUAUAGGUACUCGUACACGGUACAGCUGUGCCAUCGUAUCAUUCCCGUUACGCAUACAUGACAAUGUAUAUGUUUGUGCUUUUCAUGUUCUUAUAAUAAUAUAUAUUUGUGUAUAUUUAUAAAUUCGUUAUUUUAGCUAGUUCAUAGUAGACGUUCUAGUCGAUCUAAUCUUUUUAGGUUACAUACUCGAACAGUAGAGUUUUGCGAAGAUUUAAAGUUAUUGUGAUUAUGCAAAAUGAAUUUCAAGAUAUUAGUAUUCAUAUUGACUUUGACAUGUGUUUCUGGAUAUAAAAUACUGAUGAUAGCUCCAAAUGCGAUAAGAAGUUUGAAUAUUCUCGGCGUAAGUUAUGUUAGGCAUCUGCUCAAAGCUGGUCAUGAGGUCACCUACGUCUCACCGUUUCCAUUGAAAGAUAAGCCAAAAAACUUUACUCAAAUCGACUUGAGCAGCACGCAUUUGGAGUUUUGGAAUGCUGACAACGAAACCAACAUCGGCUACCUGAUAAAUCAACCACUCUGUGAAGAGACAGGAGCAGACUACAUACAAAGUACCAGUGCAGAUAUUGCGGAAGCUACAUUUAAGAAUAUGGAAAUGCAAGCAUUAUUAAAUGACCCAACUGUUAAAUUCGAUGUGAUUAUAAGUGAUUAUAUUGAAUCGGAAUUGUAUGCGGCUCUGGCAGCAUAUUACGAAUGCCCUAUGAUUUGGGCAUACUCACUAGGGCCUCAUUGGUAUACUUUGCGUCUAGUAGAUGAAACAACGAACCCGGCCUAUGCUAGUGAUUAUCUUUCACCAGAUGUUCCUCCACUGCAUUCUAUGGUUGAAAGAGUCAAGAAGCUAUGGUUACAGAUCAAGUGGAGUUAUUAUAAAUGGUUCAAAAAUGUUCCAAGAGAAAAAGAUUUUUACGAAAAGGCUCUUGCACCCCUAUUUUUGAAGAAAAAUAAACCCUUACCAAAUUACUACGAACUCAUAUAUAACGCAUCAUUAGUAUUAUCAAAUGAUUUUCCAGGGAACGGUCUGAUGCCAAGCACUCCUGAAAAUUUCAAAUUUAUUGGGGGUUAUCAUAUUGAAAGGCCUACAAAACCACUUUCAAAGGAAUUAAAAACCCUUUUGGAUAACGCCGAAAAUGAUUUUAUCUACUUCAGUAUGGGGUCGCUUUGGAAGGGCAAAGAUAUACCGAAAGAAGUUACCCAAGACUUAUUAGAUUUAUUCGGAUCUUUGAAACAAACUGUAAUAUGGAAAUAUGAGGAAGAUUUGCCCAAUUUGCCAAAAAAUGUGCAUACACUGAAGUGGGCGCCACAACAAAGCAUAUUGGCUCAUCCGAAAUGCCUGUUUUUUAUUUCGCAUGGUGGUCUUUUGUCCACAACUGAAUCCGCCCAUUUCGGAGUACCCACCAUUGGAAUACCAAUUUACUUUGACCAGUUCAACAAUGUCAAUAGAGCCGUGCUGUCUGGACGUACAAUCAGGGUCGAUUUGACUUUGAAUCUAGUCGAAGAUCUACGAGUGGCUAUACAGAAAAUGAUUCAAGAUUAUAAUGGUUAUAAGCAGCGGGCAAAGGAAUUAUCCCAGAUAUACCACGACCGUCCGGCCCCCCCGGCCGCGGAGCUGGUGCACUGGGUGGAACACGUGGUGCGCACGCGUGGCGCACCGCAUCUUCGCUCCCCGGCUUCCCUCAUGUCCCGCUGGGAGAAACUAUUCAUCGACGUUAUAUUACUCAGUGUUGCAACGACUCUUUUAAUUGGUUACCUUUGUAAAAAGUAUUUCGAUUUUAGUAAAAAAGUCAGUAGUCAUGAGAAGAAAACUAAUUAAAUUGGAUGUUUGUGAUUGCUUUUAAUUAAAUUAUGCAUAUUUUAAGUUUUGUAUCGAUACUUUUAUUUGGUGCAGGUAAAUAAUAAAUAUGCUCCUAUACUGCCAAGAUGUACAAAAAUAUAAUUAUGUAUUUGAUGCUUCACUUCAAUA